AUGAACGAAGCUUUGUCGUUUUUUUACAAGGCGAAAGAACGCAAGUGCAUAUCCACUUCUAGCACUUACAACUCGGUAAUUCCGAUGAUCAUGAAAGAAGGACUCCAUGAGAAAGUCCAUGAGGUUUACGCUGAGAUGUGUAACGAACGUGGCUGUUUUCCCGACAUGGUUACUUACUCUGCGCUUAUAUCCUUAUAUGAAAAAUUAGGCCGUGAUGAUUCUGCGGUAAGGUUGUUUGAUGAGAUGAAGGAUAUAUUGUUUGGAAUAUACUUUAAGGAGGGUAAAGUUGAGAAGGCUUUACAUCUUUUCCAGGAGAUGAAACGAGCAGGUUGCUUUCAAACGGUUUAUGCGUACACAGAACUGAUAAAGGGACUUGGUAAUGCUGGGUGGGUAGAAGAAGCAUAUGGCAAAGCGGGUCGAGUGAAGGAUUUGAGAAAUGUCUUUAAUGAGAUGGGGAUGUGUAGUAGGAUCAAUGAGCUCGAGCAAAGCAUCCAUGACCUAAGAGCUGAGAUGAAUGCAGAAGGCACUCCUCCUUCCGCCUCUGAAUCAGUCGAUGAACCUAAGACACCCGUUGUUUCCACUUUUAAAGCGUUCACACAAAAGUUCUUAUGA